AUGGAUGGAUGCUCGAAGGAUAAGCAGAAACUCCGCCCAAGGACUCUGGUUGGAGUAGAGAUUACUGGGCGGCUUCGUGACCAUUAUUCACAAUUUGCAAAAUUUACUGGUCAUUACAAAGAUUAUGGGCCAGGAACACUUCGCCAAGGAUGUCGUAGCAAAGAGCCACUAUGGAUUGUCUUUGAAGUUUGGGGCACCAUUCAUCUCUCGUCUUACUUGGAUGUGUCGUCUUAUAAGACCAUUGAUGGCCGGGGCCAAAGGGUUAAAUUGACAGGGAAGGGUUUGCGGCUGAAGGAAUGUGAACAUGUAAUUAUAUGCAAUCUGGAGUUUGAAGGCUAUUACGGGAUAUCAGUUGACGCUGAUGGUAUUCAAAUAAAGCCUAAUUCAAAACACAUAUGGAUAGAUCGCUGCAGCCUCUAUGACUACGAUGAUGGACAUAUAGACAUCACGCAAAAGAGCACAGAUAUUACUGUUUCUAGGUGUCACCUUUCACAGCAUAACAAGACAAUGCUCAUUGGGGCAGACCCUUCUCAUAUUGACAACAGAUGCAUCUGUGUGGCCAUCCACCAUUGCUUUUUUGAUGGGAUCAAACAGCGGCAUCCUAGAGUUAGAUUUGCAAAAAUACAAUUAUACAACAAUUAUACCAAAAUCUGGGGCAUUUAUGCUGUUUUUGCCAUUGUAGAAUCACAGAUAUAUUCCCAAUGCAAUAUAUAUGAAGCAGGGCAGAAGAAGAUGGCAUUUAAAUGUCUCACAGAGAAGGUAUAUGCCCUCGUUCUGUUUUCAACCCAGUACAUUUCUGAAUUCUGCUUAUCAUUGAGAACUUUUGGUUUUAAUUAAUUAGGGGAUCAAUUGAAGUGUGCGUAGGUGUGUUUGCACAUAUAGAAUUUUUGGUUUUAAUUCAGCUCUUUGAUCAUAUUUUUAUUUGAAAUGGACAAAAGAAAAAAAAAAAAAAAAAAAAGCAACAAAAAGGCCUUAGUUGGGAACUAUGUAUGAUAAAUUAAGACACUUCACACCAAUUAGAUACACUUUUGCACUGAGAUUAGAGAUGGAUAUGCACGUCACUGGCAUUUCUAUUUUGAAUUUCAUAUCCAUUUCCAACAUGUCUGCAUGUUUUCAUCUAUCCUAACCUUCAGUGUUUUUCUCUCUCUCUCUCUCUCUCUCUCACUCACAGCCUUUCUUAUGUGCUGUAGGAACAAUGACUCUAAUUAUGCAAGUUAAGAAAGUUUGGCUUUGUCCCUACAUGAAUGACUAUAUAGAAGUAUCAUA